AUGAGUACGCGGAUGGUGACUGUACCUCUCGGGCAAUCGCUAGGUUUCUUUGCCGAGCCGGAUGGUCCUUCCAGUAGGGUUGAACGUUGGCAUAUCAACCCUGAAGCCCAAGAUGCCAUCAGCGCAAUGAAGCCUGCAGCAGAGCAUCUCAGGAGCAAAGACACGCCGGUCGGAUUUCCUACAGAAACCGUCUACGGUCUUGGUGCAGACGCCACGAGGAGCUCCUCCGUGCGGGGGAUAUAUGCUGCAAAAGGACGGCCCUCGGAUAAUCCUCUCAUUGUGCACGUCUCUGACCUGGACAUGCUACGAAGCCUGCUGGGGCGUCAGGGGGAGAAUAACGAGGACGUCAUCCCGGCCAGGUACAAGAGCCUCGUCGACAGGUUCUGGCCGGGACCGCUGACCAUCCUGCUGCCUAACCCGUCUCCGUCUCCGCUGGCGCCCGAGGUAACUGCCGGCCUCUCCUGCUUUGGCGUGAGGAUGCCGUCGUCUCCGCUGGCGCUCACGCUCAUCAAGCUGGCCGGCGUGCCGCUGGCCGCUCCGUCUGCCAACGCGUCUACGAAGCCUUCGCCGACCACAGCGCAGCACGUCAAAGACGACCUGGACGGAAAGAUUGAGUUGAUUCUCGACGGAGGAUCCUGCGAGAUUGGCGUGGAAAGCACAAUAGUAGAUGGGCUAUGCGACCCGCCAGUCAUUCUUAGACCCGGCGGCGUAGCCUUGGAGGACGUUCGAAGAUGCCCCGGCUGGGAAAACGUCGUCCGGGCCUACAAGGAUCACAGCGAGGAGGGAAAGGCAGCGCCAAGAGCGCCAGGCAUGAAAUACAAGCAUUACAGCCCCAAGGCCAGGGUGGUUCUGUACGAGCCGACGUACCAGCGCGGAAGAGAUGGGAUUGCCGCAACCGACCUGGAUGCUGCGAUUACGGCUGCGGUGGUGGUCAGCAACGGGGGCGCACAGUCACCGGAUCGGGUUUCGCGACUUGCGCGCGUUGGAGUGAUCCGAACCAAGAAGUGGGAACCAGCAGCUGGACUGCGAUGCAACGGUUUGGCUUUGACCCCCCGGCCAGGUGUAGUAGGCCAGCUCGAAGGGUCCUCCUAUGAUGUAUAUGCAGGUGAGAUGCUGGGUCACGGCGGUGACAUUGUUGGAGAGGUACUUGAUGUCGGUCUGGGCGACUCUACCCGACGCAUAGCGCAAGGGAUAUUCUCUGCCCUGCGAGAACUGGAUAGACAAGCGGCCGACGUCAUAUUCGUAGAAGGUAUAGACGAUUCGAUAGACAUUGCGGCUGCGGUGAUGAAUCGCCUGCGCAAGGCGGCAUCCGAUAUUAGAAAGUGA